AUGGACUUGUCUUCAACAUUACUCGUGGCAGGAAUAAUCUUAGUGCUGCUGUGGCUGUUUGGUGGAAACUAUGGUAGUAAGCACCGUUUGCCUCCAGGACCUCGUGCUCUUCCUCUCAUAGGAAACCUUCCACAAAUGAACAAAAAUGAGCCUUUUAAAAGCUUAGUGAAGUUCAGCCAAACGUACGGUCCUGUGAUGACAGUGUACCUGGGCUGGCAGCGGACAGUUGUUCUGGUCGGAUACGAUGCAGUGAAAGAGGCGCUGGUGGACCAGGCAGAUGAUUUCAUAGGCAGAGGACGGCUGCCAUUUCUGUUCAAAGCUACCAAAGGCUAUGGGUUGGGGACCAGUAAUGGCGAACGCUGGCGACAGCUGCGACGUUUCACACUGACAACUCUGAGAGACUUUGGGAUGGGACGCAAGGGGAUGGAGGAGUGGAUCCAAAAUUCUGAUAAAGUCUUUUUUCUGUCUUUCCCUCUUCCUCCAGGUGAACCAUUUGACCCCACAUACGUGACGGGCCGCACCGUGUCCAAUGUGAUUUGCUGCUUGGUGUUUGGCCAACGCUUUCAUUAUGAAGACAAGCAGUUCCUGCACCUCCUGAGCAUCAUCAGUGACGUUCUCAGAUUCAAUAGUGGCCCUCAGGGUCAGUUGUACAACAUCUUUCCCUGGAUCAUGGAGCUUCUUCCGGGCCCCCAGCACAGUAUUUUUGCCAAAAUUCAGGAGGUGAGGGAGUUUAUCCAGAAGAAGAUCCACGAACACAAAGAGACACUGGACCCCAACUUCCCCCGAGACUACAUCGACUCCUUCCUCAUUCGAAUGGACCAGGAAAAGGACAAUCCUGCAUCUGAGUUCAUGUUUGACAACUUGGUUAGUACAGUGAUGAAUCUGUUCCUGGCAGGAACUGAAACCACCAGCACCACCAUCAGAUAUGCUCUCAGUGUGAUGGUCAAAUACCCAGAAAUACAGGAGAAAAUGCAGCAGGAGAUUGACACUGUGAUCGGACAGGACCGUUGUCCCAACAUGGAAGACAGAAAGUCCCUCCCCUUCACAGACGCCGUCAUCCAUGAAGUGCAGCGUUUUCUGGACAUCGUCCCCUUCAGCCUCCCUCGCUACGCACUGUACGACAUCUCUUUUAGAGGCUAUACAAUCCCCAAGGACACUGUCAUUAUUCCGUUGCUGCAUUCUGUGCUGAAAGAGGAAAAGCAUUGGUCAUCUCCCUGGUCCUUCAAGCCCGAGCACUUCCUGGACCACAAUGGCAACUUUAAGAAAAAUCCUGCAUUCAUGCCAUUUGCUGCAGGGAAGAGAGCCUGCGUUGGCGAGUCUCUGGCUCGUAUGGAGCUUCUUAUAUUUUUAGUGUCCAUGCUGCAGCGCUUCACCUUUUCCUGCUCUGAAGGCCCCGACAGCAUAAACCUCAUUCCAGAGUACAGCAGCUUUGCCAAUGUGCCACGGACGUACAACAUCAUCGCCACACCGCGGUGAAAGGAGAAGCUCCACUCGGACAAUCCGACCUGCAACGAUUUCUCUACAACACACGUCGCACAUCAUUGUGACGCAGCAACAUUUACGCAACAGCUGAUGCUUGUUUUUGCUUCGCUGAUACGGUGCACGAGAUCAUCGGAUUUACAGCUUGAUCUUGCCAUGUUUUUGAAUCCUUUUUAAAGAAGCUUUUUCCAUAGAUAAUUUUUCACUGUUCUAAUCAAUUGUUGGUUCUUGUGUCAAUUGCCAAAUUUCUUUCUA